AGCGGGGCCUGAACCUUGACUAACUCCCUAGAGCUGUGUUUGGAAACGAGAAAAAGUUGGUUCGGGCGCCUUUGGCAGAUCCUCCGGACUUGGGCGCCGGGCCUAGUGGGGCCGUCGACUCGGCUCUGCUCAGCCAGUCAGUCUCUAUCAGAUGUUGCGUGCUCGGCAAUGGCGGUGAUCGGGGCAUGCGAUCCGGCCCCCGGACGCUCGCAGGCCCUCCGAUAGCCGGUCCUCGAGGCCCCCACGAUGGCCACGACCAAGUCGCGGCGCCACUCAGACACGGACAGCGGCGCCCUGCUGCGCACCCCGCUCAAGAUGCACCCCACACCAGGCCGCGAGAUGUCCAACCUGAUCAAAAUGCGUCAGUCAUCUCUUGGCAAGUCUGAGCCUUUGCUGUCCGACUCCAUGCGGUCGCCGCCGUGCGCCACCAGUUGCCGAGGCAGUUGCAGCCAGUUGCCCCUGCUGGGGCUGCCGCUCGGCCGGCAGCAUGUGAUCGGCCGCAUGUCCGCCAGCGAGGAGAGCUUCAUGGCCGCCCACUUGCACCCGCACCACCACCACCACCACCAUCACCACCUCCAUCGGGUGGCCGAGAGUGCCGUGCGGCCGCAGGGGGCGGCCGCCGGCCCCCUGGCCUCGGUCAUGCUGCGCCAGGGAAUGUCCCGCAGCAUCAGCGACUCCAACUUCAAGCAGCCGAGACCCAACCUGACCCUGCCGCUGCCCUCCGUCACCUCCCUGAUGCAGUUCAAGAAGGAGCUGAGUUUGUCCCGACGGAGCAGCCGUGUGAUGCAUCGCAAGAGCUUAAUCGCCACAACGUCGCCCACGCUGCCUCGCUCGCAGUCUCCAGUCGCAGGGAGUCCUCUGGAGAGCCCGCGAAUAUCUCCGAGCCAACAUUUUGCCUUUGUCCCUGUGAAACGCAGCGACGGACGCCGGUGGUCAGUGGCCUCUCUGCCUUCUUCAGGGUAUGGGACAACGCCAGGCAGCUCCAAUGUAUCAUCGCAGUGCUCAAGCCAAGAGCGGCUUCACCAGCUGCCCAACGUGCCCACGACCGACGAGCUUCACAUGUUGUCCAGACACUUCUCGUCCAAUGACUCCAAUCCGAGCUUGGACGAGGAGGCUGGACGCAGGUCACCUCACACUAGGCCUCGCUCUAGAAGCUUAAGUAGCCCGAUUCGAACCCCAGUAAUGGACAACGAAAUCGUUUUGAUGAACACUCUGUACAAGGAGCGCUUCCCGAAAGCCACCCAACAGAUGGAAGAGCGGCUCAACGGUUUCAUCAACGAUAACAAGUCUUGGGAGGCGACUAGCGAGGGUCGAACGGAAGAAAUCCCGCCCGACUGCGUGCCCAUUGUCCGCUUUGUGCACCACCAGGUGGUUGAAAUGGCCAGGGACUGUCUGCAAAAGUCCGAGGAGCGGCUCAUCACCAGCAGAUACUUCUACGAAAUGUCGGAGAAUUUGGAAAAGCUGCUCAGCGAGACAAGAGAAAAGUCCCCUGCGGCCGUGGGUGUUCUCACUGCACUGAUUAAAAAACUGCUGUUGGUGGUGUCUCGACCGGCGCGACUGCUUGAGUGCCUCGAGUUUGACCCUGAGGAGUUUUAUCAUCUUUUGGAGCAAGCGGAGGGUCAGGCAAAAUCAUCUCAAGAAAUCAAGACUGACAUUCCGCAGUAUAUCAUCAGCAAGCUGGGCUUGAACAGGGACCCAAUAGCUGAGCUUCAAGAAGACUUGGACCAAUUGGAGAGCACUUGCAGCUCACCUGACAGAAGGAAGCCAAACUCAGAAGAUGCCAACAGCAAAGAGGAGGAAAGCAAGCAGCACAAGGUGCCCAUGGAGGAUGACUUUGAGGUUUCCAAACUGAUCUCGAACGGAGCCUAUGGUGCAGUGUACUUGGUCAGACUCAAAGAGACUAGGCAGAGAUUCGCCAUGAAGAAAAUCAACAAAAAUAAUCUCAUCCUCAGAAACCAGGUGGAUCAAGUGUUUGCCGAGAGAGACAUCAUGAGCUUCACUGACAAUCCCUUUGUGGUCAGCAUGUUCUGCAGCUUCGAAACGAAGAAACACCUAUGUUUGGUUAUGGAAUACGUUGAGGGUGGUGACUGUGCCACUCUGCUCAAAAACAUUGGAGCUUUGCCUCCAGACACAGCCAGGCUGUACUUUGCGGAAACUGUACUGGCCGUUGAGUACUUGCAUAGCUAUGGAAUAGUCCAUAGAGAUCUCAAACCCGAUAAUUUACUAAUCACUGCUCUGGGUCAUAUCAAGCUCACUGAUUUUGGUCUCAGCAAAAUGGGUCUCAUGUCCUUGGCAACUAAUCUCUAUGAGGACUACAUCGACCGAGAGACUCGCCAGUUUUCGGACAAGCAAGUGUUCGGAACUCCAGAAUACAUUGCCCCUGAGGUCAUCAUGCGCCAGGGCUAUGGCAAGCCUGUCGAUUGGUGGUCCAUGGGCAUCAUCCUUUACGAAUUUGUUGUUGGCUGUGUUCCCUUCUUUGGUGAUACGCCCGAAGAGCUGUUUGCUCAUGCAGUCAACGACGACAUCGAGUGGCCCGACGAGAAGGAGUUCCCCAUUCAAUUGGAGACGAAAGACAUUAUUACAGCGCUGCUUCAGCAAAACCCCAGAGACCGUUUGGGCACAGGAGCAGCUAAUGAGGUCAAGGAGCACCCCUACUUCGACAACCUCAAUUGGAAUUCUCUGUUGAGACAGAAGGCAGAGUUUGUGCCCCAGCUGGAAAAUGAGGAGGACACCAGUUAUUUUGACACUCGAAUGGACCGAUACAAUCAUGAUUUGGAUGAAGACACGGAUGAGAUGGAAGAGUCUCCUGUAUUUGGUUCGUUCUCGUCCUGCUCAUCUCGCUACCACAAAGCCCACAACAAGUUAAGCUGGGGAGAUGAGGCAGGUCCCUCCACCUCCCACGAGUGCUCGCCUCUGGCUUUACCACCCACACCUGACACUGAAGAAGCUCCUAGGCUGCCCGAGAAAAACACCACCGAGUCCUCACAAACCGAGGAAAGCGAUGAAAUUUCACCUCAAGUCCGCAGACGUAGAAGACUCCACUCGAAAGAUUCCCUUCCUAGAUUUUCCAUUUCAAUCGAAGACGAAAAAUCUAGUUUUGGGGACCGAAAGUCAUUGCCAGAGCCUUUAGGCCAUCAGCUGGAGCGAAGUCAGAGCACCAUCGACGCCCCCACUGGUUUCCACGGCCCUCACCACAUUGCUGCCCCGCGGGCUGUGAUUAAAAGCGCCUCUGCCACAGGUCUGAGCUUGAUGAUCCCUGCUGAAGACUUGAUCCCCAUGCAGGCAGUGCAGUCGCCAGGAGGCUCAAGCACCUGCAGCUCUAGGGACACUUCACCCUGCAGAGAGCUUUCUCCAUUAGUCACCAACCUGAAGCCACCAGUCAUCCUCAGAAGAGGCCCCAGAGGAUUCGGAUUCACCGUUCACACCAUCAGGGUGUAUUACGGGGAUUCGGACUUUUACACGAUGCAACAUCUCGUCAUGGAGGUGGAUGAGGGAAGUCCAGCUUUUGAAGCCGGACUUCGACCUGGGGAUCUUAUUACCCACAUCAACGGGGAACCUGUCCAGGGCUUAUACCACACCCACGUACUGCACCUUUUGGUGUCUGGAGGGGAUAGGGUGACUCUGAGAGCUACACCACUGGAGAACACCUCGAUCAAGGCGGGUGGUAGAAAACGAGAGCCGUGGCAGGGCAAACUGGCCAAGAAAUCGCUGCACAGACACCGAAAACAGAAGAGAGAGGCUCACCAGGAGAAAAGACGCAAAGCGUCCCUAUUUAAGAGGAUUAGCAGCAAAAGGGCUAGUGUGGAGAUGCAGCAGCCUUUGCUUAUGUCUGCACCAAUUGUUGUUACCUCUGACUCACUACCCCAAUUUUUGCUGGCAGCUGGCGUUUCGUCUCCGAUGACCCCGAGUCGCAGUUUCCAAUCUUUCACCCGCGGCCUUGCCGAAAGUUUGCCAUCCUCACCUGCCAUCAAGCCGACGCCGCGCUCUCCUCCGACGGGCCGCUUCUUCUCCACCCCCGAAUCGCCAAGCACCUCCUCCCAGUCCUCCUCGCCUGGCUCGCUGUCCCCGAUCAGUCCAGCCACCCCGGCCACCGUUCUUGCCCCCUCCCACUUCCAGCGGCCGUCGACCUUGCACGGCCUCAAGCACAAACUGCACUCGGCGGCCAAGAGUUUGCACUCGCCCGGCCGCCGCAAGUCUGUGGGCCACAUUCCCCUCUCCCCGUUGGCUCGAACGCCUUCGCCCUCCCCGCUGCCGGCGUCUCCGACCAGAAGUCCGUCGCCUUUGGCCUUCCCGACCGGCCACCAACCGGGCAGCUCCAACACCACCCAGUCGUACAGUCCGGGCGCCACCACGUUGACCCCAACACCCCACGCCAAGAAGUUUUCCUCGAGGCCGAAGAGUGCCGAACCAGGGUCGCCAUUACUCAGAAGGGCCUUGUCGCCCGACAGACUUCAUCCGAGGAGUGCCGAGAAUAAGAAUAAGGGUGGAAUUUCUCCUCUUUGCAAAGCAACGUGGCGCGCUUUAAGAAUAUCAAAAGUUGAAGAUUUAAAACGUUCCCUGGUGGCCAAGGCUGGUUUGAAACAAGGCAGUCCUCCCGUCACCGAACUGCUCGCCUGCAAACCGCCAGAGCACCCUGCCAGGGUGGCGCGAGAGCUGCUGCCGGACAAGGUGCAGCCCAAGGAACUGCCCAACAUCGGCCCGCUGCCCCGCAUCGCCGAGGAGAAGGAUUCGCCGACCGGCUCAAGGGAGGACCAGGGCCUAUUGCAGGCGGCCAUCGACUGCGAGAAAAAGAGCCUCACCCGACGCAGCAGCAACAAGAGCCAGCAGCCGAAACCACCGCGGGGUCCGCACUCCAGCCCGGGACCCUCGGAAGGGCCCAAGCCAGGCCGAAACCGAAAAGACAGUGAAAGUCCCAAAGGCAGGGACACCAGCAAAGGGGCUGUGUCCAAGAAGGGACACUGAAAGUUUGACUUUUCCAUGCCAGCUGUGUUAAAAGAUUUAGAUUUUUAUUUCUAUAGAGGCGUAAGUUAUUCAGUUCAAAGUGAACGAGUUACUCUCCUUCUUUUUUGCAAGGACGCGAAAUGAGUUGAUUUUUUUUGUAUGUUAAAGAGUUUGUGUUUCAUUCUUUUCGUUGGCUAGGAAAGGUUAGACUCAAGUGAUAGAAAAAAUAUGUGACUGUCAAGGUCCAAGAAAGUAAUUAACAAUUACGCCAUCUCUUCCCCUCCGCCACUCUCUCUGUGACUCUUCAGCUCUUUCUGCUGUUGUACAUAUAAUUGAUGUCGAAUCCGUUGCAAGCAGUUGAUACUCUUAAUCGUUACUUUUCAUGCUUUCUUCACUUGUACAGAAAUAAUGUUUCCAAGGACGCUAGAACCCACAAAACUAGGUAAAAAUUUUGUGGCCUCAGACAGGAAAUUUCCAUCAGAAAGAAAUUAGAAACAAAGUUUGUUAAAUUUAUAGCUUCUGUUGGAUUUCUCCUGUUCUAAGACCUUUUGAAAUAAAAAUUUGAAAAUGGGUUCAGCAUUCUUUCAAUAAGCAGAAUAAUUGUUAAAUUUUUUGUUACAUCUUCACAACCACUUUCUAUGUACCUUCGGAAUGUCAAUUUUUGGCCACUUCCCCCACCAUAAUAUUAAAAUGAUGUCUGACUAGUUGUUUGUUCCGAAACAAUUUGUUGAUUGUUUUCCUCAACUCUCGAGAACUUUUUAGUGAUAUCGUAGCACCUAAGGAAAUAAACCGGAUAGAAUACUUUGAGCACCAAGUUGUAAUAUCAGGCUUUCAUCUCAUGCGCUGUAGGAGAGAAAAAAAAUAAAUCGCUGAUUCUGUAGUGCUAAUAUAUAAAAUGGCCACUUUGUUGGCCGACCAUUGAACUAACCUUAAAAACGUCUAAUAGGCUGCUGCAUUUAUUGAUAAAUGUGCGAGACUGUAGGAGUGUGAGUGUGGAAGAGUAAAAUCCGCGAGCGAAUUUUUGAAUUUUCAGGUCCAAAAACCUGAUCUUGCUCUUUGGCAAGGCUAAACGAUGUGACGUUUGAUCUAUGUGACAAAACUCCUAACACCACAAAUGAAUGUUAAUUGCAUAACUUUGAUGAUCAACCACAAUAAUCUGCUUGGCUGUCCUGGUCGUCUUACACACACACUCAGCGUAAUUAAUUCAUACUAGUGUAUACUCUCGUUCUGACACAAUGUUUGAUGCGUAAUAAUGGUAAAAUAAAAAAUUAACAUUUUGUUCUUCCGAUUAAUGUAUACCAGAAAUGAUGUUGAAUGAACAUGACUCGAGUUGUUGUAAAUAUUAUUAGAGCGUCGGUUGCGAUUAUUAGUUUUUGUAAACAGAUAUCCUUUUGAUGGACCCUGUUAAAAAAUUUUGUCACUACUUUCUGUGUGUAUGUUGCAAAAAUGCAAUUAAUAAAACAAAAGGGGAUAUUUCAAAAUGUUCCCUUCCAGGUUAAACAUUUUGUCAG